GUACAGAAUACCAGACGGUAUCAAUAAAUUUCGUUUACAGAUGAUUCAUUAAUAAAAAAUAUAAAUGCAAUGUUGUUUUUGAGUUCCCUUCAAUAUCACGCUAUUUUUCAAUUGCAAGUGAAUAAAAUUAUUGUAACUUUCUAGCUAUAACAUUAUUUUUCUGUCAAAAUAAAAAUAUCUGUGAUGUGUAAUAUGCUAAAUUUAAUAAGUAAUUUUUUUCCAAGACCUGUUCCAAAAAACGAAUUGGCAAAUGUUUAUGUUUUUAAUAAAAUUGAAAAUAACGAAGAAGACAUUAAACUUCUGCGAAAUACAUUUGAAUCGUUGAUGUGCGUGGUAGAGGAGAUUAAUGUGCAAAAUAAAACUUAUGCCGAGUUGAAGGCUUACGUUAAAGAAAUUGUCAAAAGCGAUUUUAAAGAUUUCAAAUAUAUUGUAAUUAUUAUUUUGGAUAAUGAAAACGAACACGAACAUAUUUGGAUAACUGAAGAUAACAAACAUUUUCAUCUGAACGGAGAUCUUUUGGCCGCCAUAUAUGCAAAUAAAUCCCUAGAAGGAAAAUUCCGUUUUUUCAUUUUACAAACUAAUCGCGUUCCAUCAGAGAAUAUAAUAUAUAGGCAAAAGCGUACAUUAUGUAAACCCAAAUUUUAUUCUGGUAAAGAUCUGAGAUAUUACGCAACUUCAUCGGGGUGCAUUAUAGAACACGAAUGGAAGGAGGGUGAACCAAGUCCUUUUAUAAGAUUACUCUGCAAUGGAAUCGACCAAAAUGUGAGACUUCCGCUAGCAUCUCAGCUUCAUAUUGUUGAAUUGUUAAAUACAAUAUCUGAACAACAACCAAAUGAAUGCCCUUCUAUUUCAUCAUCCUUAAGGCAACCAUACAUAUUGGGAAAUGCUAGAUAAGGUCUUCAAACGAAGUUACUUUAGACGUUUAAAAAUAUACCAACACAGUUUUUGGCUUUUUCAGCUUUAAAAAUAAUUUCGAUAACAAAAUAGUAUUAUUCUGUACAUCAAUGGAUAACAAAAGAAGUCAACAAAUGUGUUUCUUGUUUUUUUAAAUUUAGCAUAAAAAUUUAGGUAAACCAUUAAUGAAUGAAUUUGUUAAAUCAUUUUUUUUAUUAUAAAAUAUGUUUUUCGAAUUAUUAAAUGUUAACUACCCACAAGAUUCAAUUGUAAUAAUUCAGUUUAGUAUAAUAGAAUUGUAUAAACAAUUUAUUGUUCGAUGAAAAGCAACAGCACAGCAGUAGAAUUUUUUCAGAAGUAAUUCAUAAAAAUGUAAAAUAUUGACAAACAAAUAUUUAAGAUAAUAAAGUUAAUUUAAAGCAAAUGUAAUAAUUCAA